AAUGCCUCAUCCCGCUCACACAUAAAUUAUAUUAUUUAACAAUAUACACCUGUGUAUAAGUAGUCUCUAUUCUAGUUUAUAUUUAGUAAGGAUAUGAAAUAAAUUAUUAGUAUAACUAUAACAUUGAAACAAAUUUUGUGCGACUAUUUUUUUUCUUAGUAUAAUAAUCUUUUUAAAAGUGAAAAUGGAAAUGGCAAUAACUUUUAAUAUUCAAGUGUACUUUUGUAUAUUUUUCUCAUUUUUGCAUACUGAAGGAACUCACAAUAAAAAAAAAAACGCUGAUAUAAUAAAUAAUUUUCUCCAUUUACCCGGAUGGAAAAAUAUAAAUGAUGUCGAAAGUAUUAAAUAUCGGUGCAAAGACUAUAAACUGAACGAGUUGAUUAAUCAAACUGUAACAACAAUCGAAUGCGAUAACUUCAUACGACAAGCAACGAUAUUUCUUGGAUGUUCUUACGCUCACGAUUUAAAUAUAAUGUUCUUUGUAUUAUUAAAUUUUCAAAAACAUUGUUUUCAGAUAUUCUUUACUGGUAACUGGUAUAAGACGUACGAUUGUACGGUCACACUAUUAGUAAAAAUGAAUGAAAUUAUUCCAGUAGCAAAAUUUAUGAAAGGAGCUUUAUUUGCUAUAGAAAAAUACCAUAAUAUACCUAUGAACAACCAUAAAAAAAACCGUUUUAUUUUAAAAAAAGUUCUAACAAAUCUCCAAGAAAAUGAAGAAUUAAAUAAAUUGUUUAAUUUCUAUAUCAGUAUGGAUUCCAUCAAAAGUACAUUAUUGAGUAUCGCGGAUAUUCUACGUCAAAGGAAACGUGAACUUAAAGAAGAUUUAUCAUUUUGUGAACUAAAACCCUUUGAUUUGGAUUUAUUGUGGAAUAUAUGGAAUAUGGAAUUUAACACAUUAAAAUCUCAAAGAAUAUAUCAAGAAUUCUACAUUUUUCUUAAUGAUAAAAUCAAAUAUUUAAUCCUAACGACAAUCUGGAAAAAGUACAUUGAACUUGGAUUUAAAUUUGAUUUGAAUUCAAGUCAGACAUUUUUACCUACUCCACCUACCAAUAACAAUCAAGAUACUACUCAAAAUCCAAUACAUUUGACAGAACAUACCAAUGAAUUAGAUGUCCUAGAAGAUAUUCAACAACAUGAUAUUGCGCAAAAUCCUUCGUUAGAUUUAAUACAUCAUACCAACGAAGAAAAUGUGAUGAAAACGAUUCUAUAUGAAUACAUCGCACAAUACUCUUUUAUAAAUUUGGUGCAACCUACCAAUGAAGUAGAUAAACAGGAUGGGAUAAAAAAAGAAGAUGUCACGUGUGAAGCAAAAAAUGAUUCAAACUUACAAAUUGAAUAUACUGAUGAUAUGAUACCAUAUUAUAAGUUCUUUUAAUUUUCAUUGAAUAAAUUUUUGUUAUGUUCUGUUACUAUAUAAAAUAACUUUUUUAAUUUAA